GGCGUCGCUGGCUGGGCGUCGCGCCGCCGAGUCAGACAGCGCCGGUCCGCCGCGCGCGCUGGUCUGCCGCGAGAGAGAGGGAGAGCCCGGGUGGAGAGCGCGGAAGGGGGAGGGGGUGCGCCAGGCGCGCUCGUGCUCACGUACUGCAGUACGCGCCGCGCGCCGCCACGCCAAGGCUUGAAGCAUCUUCACGGAUAUGUUGUUCGCAAGGAUUAUUCUUCAAGCCCUCCUCCCAGCCACCUUUUUUGCUGUAGCGGUCGGCGUAAGCUGGGAGGAGUGGUGGACCUACGAUGGAAUUUCUGGCCCGGCCUUCUGGGGGCUCAUCAACCCCGAGUGGAGCCUCUGCAACCGCGGGCGGCGGCAGUCACCCGUCAACCUGGAGCCGGACAAGCUGCUGUUCGACCCCAACCUCCGACAGCUGCACGUCGACAAGCACCGGGUCAACGGCGUGCUCGUCAACACGGGACAUUCGGCCGUGUUCACGGUGGACAACACGACGCGCCGGCACGUCAACGUGACUGGCGGCCCGCUGUCCUACCUCUACCAGCUGCACGAGCUGCACCUCCACUACGGCCUGCACGACGAGAUGGGCUCCGAGCACACUGUCAACGGCCACGCUUUCCCCGCCGAGAUUCAAAUUUUCGGCUUCAAUUCGCAGCUCUACUCCAACUAUUCGGAGGCGCUGCAUAAAGCGCAGGGCAUAGUCGGCAUAUCUAUAUUGCUGCAGCUUGGCGAUUUAUCAAAUGCAGAGUUGCGGCUGCUAACAGAUCAAGUUGAGAAAAUUCGGCAUGGGGGGUCGUCGGCGCAGGUGACGCGGCUCUCGCUGCAGGGGCUGCUGCCGGCCACCGAGACCUACAUGACGUACGACGGCUCGGCCACCAUGCCGGCCUGCCAGGAGACCGUCACCUGGAUCGUCCUCAACAAGCCCAUCUACAUCACCAAGCAGCAGCUGCACGGGCUGCGCAGGCUGAUGCAGGGCGACCCCAAGCACCCCAAGGCCCCGCUCGGCAACAACUUCCGGCAGACCCAGCAGCUGCACUUCCGCCCCGUGCGGACCAACAUCGACUUCAAGAACAACCCGAAGGAGGGCAAGUUCUGCGCGAGCAUGUACAACAGCGUCCACUACAAGGCCAACACCUGGAAGAAGCGAUGAUGGGGCGCUCUGGCGUCGUGAAAGGCAUGUAAAACAGCUGCCCACCCCGGCGGGCGCGGCCGACCUACUGUAUCACUUCCUGCCAAAACAGAAGAGAGAAGAAAAACAAACAGCUAUGUUUUAAUUAGAGCUACAAGCGCUGAGCGUACCCCCCGUUGUUGUCUAUGUUAAAAUUAUUGGUUAAGAGAGAAAAUGUCGCGGGGUGGAAAGGCGACGCGUAGAUUUAAAAAAAUUUAGUUGUAAUAAUUAGCUUCGGCGAACGCUUUCUACCUCGCUUGCCGUACGAGCAUGACUGACAAGACACUAUACUGGGCGCGCUUCGUCGAGGCCCUCUUACAAAAAAAAGGGGGCGGGUAACUUCCAUCGGGAAGUUUAUCAACAGUUUAAGGAGGCUAUUGUGCCGGAAAACAAAACCACAAAAACGAUAUGUAAGCAGGAAAGUGUCGACGUUUCCUUUUCGCCCUCCAAUAAUACGCCCGGCCAUCAUGGAGCCGCUUUAGCGCAGCUGGCCAAUAUUCCCCUCAAAAUACAUAUCGUCUCUUCCUAACCUGUGAUGUGCACAAAAAUAUCUUACUUAAUGUUCUAGAGAAUUGUUGACUUACAAAUUUUAUAGAAACGUGUAUACUUAUUAUGUGUAAUAAAAACGUGUCACAAAGUUA